AUGAUGCCGGAUAAGAAAAGCAAUUUGAUGGACCACAUGUUCAAUAUGUUAGAAGACUACACAACCACGCUUGAACUGGAUGUUGAGGAGAGAACAAAGCAGCUGCAGGAGGAAAAAAAGAAAGCCGAUAUUCUUCUGGGAAGGAUGUUACCUAGGCAAGUAGCGGAUCGUUUGAAAAUGGGACAGACAGUCGAACCAGAAAUUGUAAAUCUACUCAACGAUCUGUACAAUGGAUUCGACACGAUCAUAGAAGAGCAUUCCGUAUACAAGGUGGAAUCGAUCGGCGAUGGAUAUUUGUGCGUUUCUGGUCUUCCAGUCAGGAAUGGAUAUGCUCACAUCAAGGAGAUCUCAGAGCUGUCGCUAUCGUUCAUG